AUGUCCGACUCAUCUGACACCGAAGUGAAAGUAAAAAUUGUAAAAUUGCGAGGAAGCGAGAAUUAUGCGCAAUGGGAAGCUCAUAUCGCUACCACACUUAUGGGCAAGGGAUUACUACCCUAUAUCGACGCCGAACCGCCAUCUAAAGACUUGAAAGAUAAGGAAAACAUUAAGGAACGUCUCAAAUUUGCGAAAGCGUACUCGAUAAUUUUCCAAUCCCUUUCAGAAACAAUUUCCUCAGCACUUGAGAUUUUUAAGAAAUUGACAACUUGGUAUCUUCAUUUAUUCCCUCAUCACUUUUAA